AUGGUGAGCUGUGUCAGAGUGGCAGUGGACACCAGCUCGAAGAUCACCACCAAGGACUAAAAAAAGAAGUAGUUUGUGGAGUAGAUGGGGAAUGGAAAAGAUGUACCCACUAAUGGGAAUGCUAAUGAGGAAAAUAAGGAACAGGAUGCUGACAAUGAAGUAGACAAAGAAGAGGAAGAAGGUGAGGAGGAAAAGGAUGGAGAUGAAGAUGAGGAAGCUGAGGCAGCUACAGGCAAAUAUGCAGCUGAAGAUGAUGAUGAGGACAGUGUUGACACUAAGAAGCAGACCAGUGAGAAUGACUAG